AUACAGCUAUCAGGCGUAAAUGUAAUCCACGCGAAAAUUGCGCGACGAAAUGUAUAAUUAAAGAUAGUUAUAUUUUUCUCCAUUUCGUGCAAAGUGGGUACAAAUAAAUCAAGAGUAGGCCGAAAUUAAGUUUUCUGUAGGUGCAGAUGUGUGCAAGUGGCUUAGUAAUAAGACAAGGACAUCUAAGAAUAUAUGAGUCUGAAUUGAAUCACAACGGCUGUCUCAAGUGCUUCGACAAGAAAAAGCAUAGAUUGUGGUGCAUUACAUCUGCGUUAAAUUCUGGAUUCGACAGACCAUAAAGACCAUGUAAUUCCUUCCAUCAUGCAAGGAGAUUCCACUCUGAGUGUCGACCGUCGUCUUGUGAGUUAUACAUAAUGGGCACAUUACCAUUCCCUUCAUCGUGAGUGUGUGUUUAUGAGUUUAUAAUAGUAUUUUUAUCGCGUUUAUUGUAUGUGACUCUUCGAGCCUCCAAGUCCGAGGUCUGAGCUCCGAGUCCUCCGAGGUAUACCAAGAUUACCGAGCACCAGUACAGCCUCGUUUGUUAUCGAUCCACAUCCAUCUGUCCUCUCAACUAUCUCUCUCUAUCUUAUACUUAUUACACCAGUAGCUUGAGGCUUGAGCUUGAGUUGAGCUUUUUCUUGCGCGCGCACUGAUAUCUUUCUCUCUACCUCGGGGACGGCGGUGUUGUCGUCGUCAUUAUGUUUGGGUGUUAAAGUCGUCCAGGCGAUGCAACCUCGUCACCUGACGGAGGAUCAUCAUCAUCAUCAUUAUCAUUAACAUCAUCAUCAUCAUUAACGUGAUGUGUGACCGGGACGGUAAUAGUGGUUCCGCGAUGAGCGCCGGACUAAGGAAGAAGGAGAGCAGGAUGGAGAUCAUUGGGGAGUACGAGUAUGACUCAAAGGAGCUCAUCGGCCAGGGCGCCUUUGCCAUCGUCUACAAAGGCUGGCACAUCCCAACACACAGCGUUGUGGCUGUUAAAAGAGUGCAGAAGAAAAGUUUAGCCAAAUCGCAGAAUCUAUUGAGCAAAGAAAUAAAAAUUCUAAAGGAACUAACGGAACUGCAUCAUGAAAACGUGGUAGCUCUUUUAGAUUGUAAGGAAUCUGAUCUAUGUGUCUUCCUAGUAAUGGAGUACUGCAAUGGUGGUGAUCUUGGAGAUUAUUUAAUAGCAAAGAAAACACUCUCUGAAGACACCACCAAGAUAUUUUUAAAGCAAUUGGCUGCUGCAAUGAAAGCGCUUCAUACCAAAGGCAUUGUGCACAGAGACCUCAAGCCCCAGAAUAUUUUACUCACUCACAAUUGCGGAACCGCAAUGCCCGAACCACACGAAAUUACCCUAAAAAUCGCGGAUUUUGGUUUUGCUCGAUUCUUACAAGACGGCGUGAUGGCUGCAACCCUCUGCGGCUCGCCUAUGUACAUGGCUCCUGAGGUCAUCAUGUCAAACGCGUAUGAUGCAAAAGCUGAUCUUUGGUCUAUUGGUACAAUAAUUUACCAGUGUAUUGCUGGGCAUGCUCCGUUUCAGGCAGCUACUCCUCAAAAGUUGAAGGCGUUUUACGAACAAAACAUCAACAUUCGACCAAAAUUACCAGCAGGGACAUCUGCAAAACUGGUGCACCUUCUCAUGGGGCUCUUGCAGCGUGAUGCCAAGCAUCGUCUAUCGUUUGACGAGUUCUUCAAGCAUUCCUUUCUACAAGAGGAACGGCAGGUACCGAGUCCCAUUCCCGCAGAACUGACCUCGUCUCCGAAAAUAGUCAGUGUUCCUGAGCGAAAUGUUUGUGGCAUAAGGCUAGCGCCAGAGGGCAACAGCCCCUGCUCCAGUCCUGAGGAGGACUUUGUCAUCGUGCCAAAUAACUUUAAUAGCGAGCUUGACAUCAACACUAAUCCACAGCUACAACAACAACACCAACAACAGCAGCCGCAACAGCAACAAAUCAAAUAUGCAAAGAAUCCCAGUCGAGAGGCAGCGUCCAGUCCACCACGGCCGAGUUACCUACCGAUCACGGAACCGGUUCCCGUGUCAAGAGGGCAGUUGCGCAGUGCUGCUGAGGCAUUUUCAAGUAACGUUUUGAGUAGAACGUCUUUGGGCAGCAACAACAGUGCCGGCACCAAUAGCGUUGUGCCGCGUUCUCAACCUAUUAACGUCAAGCGCACCAAAACGCAUAACAAAAAUCAAACGGUUGAGAUCGGCUCUCUGAGUCCGCCGAGCGUGCAAUUUGUCAUAGGCACACCACCGAAUCGGAGAGUUAGCGAAACUCCUCCACCACCAAACAUAUGGCAAUUGAGUCCUGUGGCAAAGCCCAGUCAGUUGACGACUUCGCCACUGCGACGAUCGUCAGGUGUGCAAAGUGCCUCAUCACCGCUGCUCACGGGGCCACUGUCAGUCCUUAGUUCACCAACUAGUAGAGCCAACAACAAUCCAACGAGACCAUCGCCUGUCAUACCUUUUGGCACGCGAGCCUUUACUCUGCCCGAAAUUUCUGAUUGCAAUCUUCACAAUCUCUUCUCGGAUCUAAACAUAGGCGGUGGUACCAAUAACAUAAUCACAGGUGGUUGUGUUACUACGUCGUCAAAUGAUGAUGAUUCACAAACCUUUAUCGCACCCGAGUUGCCCGAGGAUACUCUGCUGGAGCGUGAGCAUAAUGAGAUCCUAGCCAAACUGAACUUUGUGAUGGCACUGUGUGAAUGCGUGCACGAAGUCGCGCGUGCCCGAGGCGGACCUUUGUCCACCGUGUCGUCGUUUGGUAACGAUCAACCGGGACCCAAUAGUGCAAUGAAAAGGCGGGCAGAACAAGUAAUACUGUUAGUGCGAGCUUUGCAGUGGCUUAGUUCAGGGCUAAAUCUGGCAACGAAGCAGCUAAAGGCCAGCAAGCUCAAGCCCACAACCAGCGUCAAGGAAGUUCUACAUAAAAUGAACGAAAAAUUUAAAACUUGUUUGUCGGAAUGCAAACAAUUAAAUAGUGCUGGAUUGCUUAACCAAACUCCGGCUUCAGCUGAUAAAUUGCUUUAUAACUACGCUAUAGAAAUGUGCCAGACUGCAGCAAUGGAUGAAUUAUUUGACAAAGGUGCUGAAUGCUUUCACAGGUAUCACACCGCACAGAUACUUCUUCAUUCUUUAUCGCAACAUGUUACUCAUACAGAAGACAAGGAACUUCUGACUAAAUAUAAGGAAUCAGUUGAAAAACGCUUGUAUAUCUUGCAACAAAACGGUCACAUUUACGCAACGGAACCGACGUAGCGCUUGUGACGAAGUUCUGACAGAGAAUGUAAUUUCAUAUGCGAACCUUACUCGUACUCGAUUAACGCUAUCUUUCUUAUGAGCCAACGUGAAAUGAUCAGGACUACGAAAUCGAAUGAAAUGUAAAGAAAGCAAAAAGCAUGACGAAGAUUUAUUUUUUAAAUUUCUUUUCAUGAUCUGUUAUUAACAUAUUAACAAUGUUGUAACAAAUUUAAAUCCAUCACAUAUAUUAUACUGUAACAAAUACGCGUAUGUUAUUUAAAGUAGAUGUAUAAAAAACGAAUUUGUUGCUAGUUUAGUGCAAAAUUCUUUUAUUGUAUGAGAACGUGAUACAAAAUCGUUUGUGACAAGUUGAUUUGUACGAAAAUUACAAUAUUAUAAUAUAACAAUUGCAAAGAUAAA